UACCGUUGCUAUGUUUAUUUCCUUGUAACUUGACAGUCAAUAUUUUCAACAGGAAUUAUCAUUUUAGCCACUUACAUUCCAAAAUAAGGAUGGAGCUAGGGACUAUUUACAGUCUUAUUCCUCAGGAAGAGGUGAAGCAACAGAAACCACCGAGACAUGUAUCCAAGUUCAAGCAGCCAGUUAAAACAGAGUAUGUCUCAAAGAAAGCUGACUACAAAACUAUGGGUCAGGCCAAGGUUCCUGUUCCAACAACAGAUAACUUCCUCAAGAAACACUCCAAGGAACCACAACUGCCAGACAAGAGAGAAUUCAAAUACCCAGAUGGGGAGAGGAAACGACCAGAAAUCCCAGAGAAAGCAGACCCUCCACUUAUGGGACUGAAAACAACAAAGAAUUUCAUCACUACAAAUGCAGUUCAAAACAUCACAUCAGUUCCCAAGAGACCAGAGAAAAUUUAUGUUGACACAAGAAAAGGAGACAAGAACUAUCUUCAGCCAUCUGGUCUUGAGCCAGUGUUUAUUCACAAAAAGGAAUAUGGGAACAAACCUCAGUAUCUGAGCCGGCGACAGGAUGAAAUGAGGAAAGCCCAGGAGGAGUACAAUGCUUAUGUUUCGGAGCAUUUCCGACGUGGCGCAAUGCAACAACUUUCUGAGGAUGAGAGGAAUGCAAUCUUACAGGGGCUCAAGAAAAAUUGGGAGGAGAUACAUGACCAGUAUCAGGGUCUUUCUGUGGUGACCGAUACCGCCCCCAAAAAGAACAGGAAAGAAAGAAUGGAGGCCGAGAUGAAACAGCUUGAAAGAGACAUUGAAUCAAUUGAGAGGCAUAGAGUGAUAUAUAUUGCCUAAACAAACAAAGUUACCUUUGAUUGAAAGACCUAUUUUUGAAAAUGAUCAUCUGGUUAGCAAGGAAAGUGUAUAAAACAUAUAGUAUUGCAUAUUUUUAAAGUAAAUGUGUUGGUUUAAAAAAAUAAAGCAGGUUUAUUGAACAAAUGCAUUUGGUUUGUUCUUGUUUGUAGUAGCAUAAAGAGAUAUGUUCUGAAUUUGAUGAUUCACAUCGUGGCUUUUAAUGUCAGAUAAUUACUUAACGGUAUAUGAUAUAUAAUGUCUGUUUAUCAUGAGAACUUUAAAUUCAAGACAACUUCAUUGUGGCUAUUUCACUUUAGUGAAAUUUUACUAUAGAACACAACGUUUUUGUUAAGAUGUGUGUCUGUUGCGAUGAAUGUGAAAAUUUCGUUGUAUGUUGAUCGCUGUGAUGUACAUCAUAAUAUAAAGAGUACAACUACCUUUGAGACACACACAUGAUCUUCUGUUUUCUCAUUAUUCUUUCAAAUGUAAAUGGUCAAUUGAUAGUUUCAAGUUUGAUGUGACUUUUCUCAAUUUAAAACUUGUGACAGGAGUUUGGCUUUGUAUGACUGAUCUUUUUAGUUGACAACAUGUUAUCAUUAAUGAAUGUUGAUGUAUUAAAUAAAAGUAUUUACUUCUUUUAUAAUAACAUUU